CUUUUUGCCAGCUUCCUCGUGAACACGGUAAAACCUUUCGCUAACAUAUAUAAAUCUCUAAGCCUUUCUUCGUCUGUUUGCAUCUAAAUUCUUUUCAGCUUCCUUCUCUUUCGUCUUCUUCUCAGUUAAAGAUCCUUUGUUUCACUCUUACGAUCUUUGUUUAGGUGUUUACGUGAUGUCUUCGGAGGCGGAGGAGUUUGCAGAGUUUUCGGCUUUGUUCGAGAGGAUGAUCCGACGAGGCGAAGGUCUCUCUCGAUUCUUACCUCUGAUCUUAGCUCUAGCCGGUGAAGCCGACGAGGAUACCGAUCAGACGGCGACUCACAGAGAGAUCGUCAUCGAUCCGGUGAACAGGAGAGUGGUGAUGAUCAGAUCGGCUUUGGGGGAGUUCUUGAACGGCGACUUUUCAGAGAAACAAGGGAGGUCGCCGGCGUCGAAAUCGUCGGUGGAGAGCUUGCCACGUGUCGUGAUCGGGAAAGAUGAGGAGAGAAGAGGCUCGUGUCCGAUCUGUCUCGACGAGUGGUCGGAAGGUGACGUGGCGGCGGAGAUGCCGUGUAAGCACAGGUUCCACUCGAAGUGCGUGGAGGAGUGGCUAGGGAGACAGGCCACGUGUCCGCUGUGUAGGUACGAGAUGCCUGUUGAAGAAGUGGAGGAAGAGAAGAAAGUAGGGGUUUGGAUUGGGUUCUCUGUUGGUGCCGGCGGAAGGAGAAACGGAGAAGAAGACGGAGGAGGAAGAAGCGAGGGUGGCUCGAACACUCGAGAUGAAACAGAGGCUUAGGUUUUAGUUUUAGAAAGGAACUUGUGUAUAUUCUUUUCGUUUUUUUAUGUCUUUCCAAUUUCAAUAAAAUGAUUGGUUGAUGAACUUGAAUA